AGUGUGGCAGAGAGCAUGUUGGAUGUGGCCCUCUUUAUGGCUAAUGCUGCACAGCUGAAGGGAGUCCUGGAACAGGGACCUUCAUUCCACUAUUAUGUGGCUCUGAUAGUUCUCAUCAGCGUGUCCCUCUUCUUCCAGAUGACCAUUGGGAUUCUCCUUAUUGUGAUGACUCGACUGAAUCUGAAUGAUGUGGCAAAACAGCAGCGCCUGGACUUGCUCAACAAUAUUACCACGAUCCUCGUCUUCAUCAUAGUCAUUAUCAACAUCUUCAUUACAGCCUUUGGGGUGCAGAAGACAGGGCUGUAUCCAAACUCUUAUGGACGAAGGUUCUACUGA